GAACCUCAUCACCAAUCCGACCUUCUGCAUCGUUUCCGCCCUGGUCGUCGUCUGUUUCCAGCGAGGCCGGCAUCCGCAUUGUCAGAAUAGAGGGGCCACACACCAGACUCUACCGUGGCCGCGAUUCUGUGUCUGCAAUUCCACAGCUGCCAGCGCGUCUUUGACACGCGCCACGGCUCCAGGCCUUCAGGCAGGCAACCUCACGCAUUGCCUCUGAACGAGUGAAGGCGUCGCCAUGUCGCAACUCCCGCCGCCUCCGCCGCCAGGCUGGGGGCCUCCUCCUCCUCCGCCGCCUCCCCCUUCGUCAUCGCUCCCACCCCCUCCGUCGACUCCUGCUCCUCCAGCCCCGCCGCCGCCCGGCUACCGACCGCCCGCCGAUGCCCAUAUCGCCAGAUUUGCCCAGAAGAAGAAGGAAUGGCUGCGAAACCAGCGGAACAGGUUCGGCGAGAAGCGAAAGGCCGGCUUCGUCCAGACGCAAAAGGCCGACAUGCCCCCCGAGCAUCUGCGCAAGAUCGUCAAGGACAUCGGCGAUGUUUCGCAGAAGAAGUACACCAACGACAAGCGAAGCUAUCUUGGCGCUCUCAAGUUUAUGCCCCAUGCCGUUCUCAAGCUUUUGGAGAACAUGCCCAUGCCCUGGGAGUCUGCGCGAGAAGUCAAGGUUCUGUACCAUGUCAACGGCUGUCUUACCCUGGUGAACGAAAUCCCGAGGGUCAUCGAGCCGGUCUUCUUUGCACAGUGGGCCAUGAUGUGGACGUUUAUGCGAAAGGAAAAGGCCGACCGAAGGCUGUUCAAGCGUAUGCGAUUCCCGCCAUUCGACGACGAAGAGCCGCCCUUGUCAUGGUCUGAAAACAUCGAGGACGUGGAGCCGCUCGAGCCCAUCCAGAUGGAGCUCAACGAAGACGAGGAUGAGGCAGUCUACGAGUGGUUCUAUGACCACCGGCCGUUACUCGAUACACCCCACGUCAACGGACCCAGCUACAAGGCGUGGAAUCUCACAUUGCCUCAGAUGGCUGCCUUGUUCCGUCUCAGUCGGCCUUUGAUUUCAGACGUUGUGGACAAGAACUACUUUUACCUCUUCGAUCUGAAGAGUCUUCUCACAGCCAAGGCGCUGAAUGUUGCCUUGCCAGGUGGUCCGCGAUUCGAGCCCUUGUACAAAGACAUCAACCCCAACGAUGAGGACUUUGGCGAAUUCAACGCCAUUGAUCGGAUCAUCUUCAGGAAUCCUAUCCGAACCGAGUUCCGGGUGGCCUUCCCGUACUUGUACAACUCUCUACCCCGAAGUGUCCACCUUGCCUGGUACUCUCACCCCCAGGUCGUCUACAAUCGUGUCGAUGACCCGGAUCUGCCCACCUUCCACUUCGACCGCCGGAUCAACCCCAUUUCCUCACGCAACGUGGCGCCCAAGAAUGUGGAUGUGUCUCUCGAAGACGAAUUGUUCGGUCCAGGCAGCAACGAGGAGCCGGAGGACGAUGCUUUCGAGCUUCCCGAUGGCGUAGAGCCGUUCCUCGCUGACGAAGAUCUCGACAAUGACGAGACGUCUGCUGCUAUCGAGCUCUGGUGGGCGCCGUUCCCAUUCAACCGACGAUCCGGCAAGAUGGUUCGCGCUCAGGAUGUGCCCCUCAUUAAGCAGUGGUAUCUCGAGCACCCUCCUUCGAACCGACCGCCCGUAAAGGUCCGCGUUUCCUACCAGAAGCUGCUCAAGAACUUUGUCCUUAAUGAGCUACACAAGAAGAAGCCCAAGGCCCAGAACAACCAGAAUCUACUCCGAUCCCUGAAGCAGACCAAGUUCUUCCAGCAGACCACCAUUGACUGGGUGGAGGCUGGUUUGCAGGUUUGUCGCCAAGGCUUCAACAUGCUCAACCUUUUGAUUCAUCGAAAGAAUCUUACAUACCUCCACCUCGACUAUAACUUCAAUCUGAAGCCCGUCAAGACCCUGACCACCAAGGAGCGAAAGAAGUCUCGGUUCGGAAACGCUUUCCAUUUGAUGCGUGAGAUCUUGAGAUUGACAAAGCUGAUUGUCGAUGCGCAAGUUCAAUACCGACUGGGCAACAUUGACGCCUUCCAGCUGGCGGACGGCAUCCUCUAUGCCUUCAACCACGUUGGGCAGCUCACAGGCAUGUACCGUUACAAGUACAAGCUCAUGCACCAGAUUCGAACCUGCAAGGAUCUGAAGCAUCUCAUCUACUACAGAUUCAAUUCUGGUCCUGUCGGCAAAGGUCCUGGAUGUGGUUUCUGGGCGCCUGCUUGGAGGGUAUGGCUCUUUUUCAUGCGUGGCAUCAUCCCUCUCCUCGAGAGAUGGCUUGGAAACCUGCUCUCUCGUCAAUUCGAGGGUAGGCACAGCAAAGGUGUCGCCAAAACAGUGACGAAGCAGCGUGUCGAGUCUCACUUUGACCUCGAGCUUCGUGCCUCUGUCAUGGCCGACCUCUUGGACAUGAUGCCCGAGGGCAUCAAGCAAAACAAGGUCAACACUGUGCUUCAGCAUCUUUCCGAGGCUUGGCGCUGCUGGAAAAGUAACAUUCCUUGGAAGGUGCCUGGCCUGCCCGCCCCCAUCGAGAACAUCAUUCUUCGCUACGUGAAAUCCAAGGCUGAUUGGUGGGUUUCCGUUGCUCAUUACAACCGCGAGCGUAUCCGCCGUGGUGCUACCGUUGACAAGACCGUUGCCAAGAAGAACGUUGGCCGUCUGACCCGACUCUGGCUUAAGGCAGAGCAAGAGCGUCAGCAUAACCACAUGAAGGAUGGUCCCUACGUCUCAUCGGAAGAGGCUGUUGCCAUCUACACCACGACUGUUCACUGGCUGGAGUCUCGCAAGUUCUCUCCCAUUCCUUUCCCCAGUGUUUCUUACAAGCACGACACCAAGAUCCUGAUCCUGGCACUGGAGCGAUUGAGAGAGGCCUACUCAGUCAAGGGCCGCCUCAACCAGAGCCAGCGUGAGGAGCUGGCCCUGAUCGAGCAGGCCUACGAUAGCCCUGGCACGACUCUGGAGCGCAUCAAACGAUUCCUCCUCACCCAGCGAGCGUUCAAGGAAGUCAACAUCGACAUGAACGACAACUAUAGCACCAUCAACCCCGUCUACGAUAUUGAACCCAUUGAAAAGAUUAGCGAUGCCUAUCUCGAUCAAUAUCUGUGGUACCAGGCUGACCAGAGACAUCUGUUCCCCGCUUGGAUCAAACCUUCCGACUCCGAGGUGCCCCCUCUCUUGGUUUACAAGUGGGCUCAGGGUAUCAACAAUCUGAGCCAGGUUUGGGAAACUGAGAAUGGCGAGUGCAAUGUCAUGAUUGAGACUGAGCUGUCAAAGGUCUACGAAAAGAUGGAGUUGACGCUCCUCAACUCUCUGCUCAGGCUGAUCAUGGACCAUAACCUUGCUGAUUACAUCACGGCAAAGAACAAUGUUCAACUCACCUACAAGGAUAUGAACCACGUCAACAGCUACGGCAUGAUUCGUGGCCUUCAGUUCUCUGCGUUCGUGUUCCAGUACUAUGGCCUUGUCCUCGACUUGCUGCUCCUCGGCCCUCAACGAGCCAGCGAAAUUGCUGGACCGCCGCAGAGUCCCAACGACUUCCUGCAGUUCCGCGAUCGGGAAACGGAGACCAGACACCCAAUCAGACUUUACAGCCGAUACAUCGAUAAGAUUUGGAUCUUCCUCCGAUUCACAGCAGAAGAAUCGCGAGAUCUCAUCCAAAGAUUCCUUACCGAGCAACCCGAUCCCAACUUCGAAAACGUCAUUGGAUAUAAGAGCAAGAAGUGCUGGCCGCGAGACUCUCGUAUGCGCCUGAUGCGACACGAUGUGAACCUUGGACGAGCUGUCUUCUGGGACUUCAAGAACCGUCUGCCGCGAUCUGUCACUACGAUUGAGUGGGAUGACAGCUUUGUCAGUGUCUACAGUCGGGAUAACCCCAACCUGCUCUUCUCAAUGUGUGGAUUCGAGGUCCGCAUUCUGCCAAAGAUCCGAAACCAGAACGACGAGUUCCCCGUCAAGGACAGCGUCUGGUCCCUGGUGGAUAACACAACCAAAGAGAGAACGGCGCAUGCCUUCCUGCAAGUCACCGAAGAAGACAUCCAAAAGUUCAACAACCGGAUCCGACAGAUUCUCAUGUCGUCUGGCUCAACGACCUUUACCAAGAUUGCGAACAAGUGGAACACCGCUCUGAUCGCCCUGUUCACGUACUAUCGCGAGGCUGCUGUUUCCACGAUUGAGCUCCUCGACACCAUUGUCAAGUGUGAAACCAAGAUUCAGACGCGAGUCAAGAUCGGCUUGAACUCGAAGAUGCCUUCGCGUUUCCCCCCCGCCGUCUUCUACACCCCCAAGGAGCUCGGUGGGCUGGGUAUGAUUUCUGGUUCUCACAUUCUCAUCCCGGCCAGUGACAAGCGUUGGUCCAAGCAGACCGACACGGGCGUCACCCAUUACAGAGCUGGUAUGACACAUGCCGAGGAGACGCUGAUCCCCAACAUCUUCCGAUACAUCAUCCCGUGGGAGGCGGAGUUCAUUGAUUCCCAACGUGUCUGGACCGAGUACUCUCAGAAGCGCCUGGAGGCGAACCAGCAAAACCGACGUCUGACCUUGGAAGAUUUGGAGGACAGCUGGGACCGCGGAUUGCCGAGAAUCAACACUCUCUUCCAAAAGGACCGAAGCACACUCAGCUUCGACAAGGGGUUCCGCGCCCGAGCCGAGUUCAAGAUUUACCAGCUCAUGAAGAGCAAUCCGUUCUGGUGGACGAGCCAGCGACACGAUGGCAAGCUGUGGAAUCUGAAUGCCUACCGAACCGACGUUAUUCAGGCUCUGGGUGGUGUUGAAACCAUUCUUGAGCACACGCUCUUCAAGGCCACCGGUUUCCCUUCAUGGGAGGGUCUCUUCUGGGAAAAGGCCUCCGGUUUCGAAGAGUCCAUGAAGUUCAAGAAGCUCACCAACGCCCAGCGGUCCGGUCUGAACCAGAUUCCGAACCGUCGCUUCACUCUCUGGUGGUCCCCCACAAUCAACAGAGCCAACGUCUACGUCGGUUUCCAGGUCCAGCUGGAUCUUACCGGCAUCUUCCUGCACGGCAAGAUUCCCACGUUGAAGAUUUCCCUCAUCCAGAUCUUCCGUGCUCACUUGUGGCAAAAGAUCCAUGAGUCAGUGGUCAUGGAUCUCUGCCAAGUAUUUGACCAAGAACUGGAAUCCCUCGGCAUCGAGACUGUGCAGAAGGAGACUAUUCAUCCCCGUAAAUCUUACAAGAUGAACAGCUCCUGCGCCGAUAUUCUUCUCUUUGCCAGCCACAAAUGGAACGUCACCCGCCCCUCGCUGUUGUAUGACACGAAAGAUGUCAUUGAGCCUACCACGACCAACAAGUUCUGGGUGGAUGUGCAGCUGCGUUACGGUGACUACGACUCUCACGAUAUUGAGCGCUAUACUCGUGCCAAGUACCUUGAUUACACGACCGAUAGCUCCAGUAUCUAUCCUUCUGCUACUGGUAUCAUGAUUGGUAUCGAUUUGGCGUACAACCUGUAUUCGGCCUACGGAAUGUACUUCCCGGGACUGAAGGUCCUCAUCCAGCAGGCCAUGGCCAAGAUCAUGAAGGCAAACCCGGCUCUGUACGUCCUGCGAGAGCGCAUCCGCAAGGGCCUGCAGCUGUAUGCCUCUGAGAGCAACCAGGAAUUCCUGAACUCGCAGAACUACUCGGAGCUCUUCAGCAACCAGACGCAGUUGUUCAUCGACGACACCAAUGUGUACCGAGUGACCAUUCACAAGACGUUUGAAGGAAACCUGACCACCAAACCCAUCAACGGCGCCAUCUUCAUCUUCAACCCGCGCACUGGCCAGCUCUUCCUGAAGAUCAUCCACACCAGCGUUUGGGCGGGUCAGAAACGUCUCGGACAGCUCGCCAAAUGGAAGACGGCAGAAGAAGUGGCUGCGCUGAUCCGGUCACUCCCUGUUGAGGAACAGCCCAAGCAACUGAUUGUUACCAGGAAGGGUCUCUUGGAUCCCCUCGAGGUCCAGUUGGUUGAUUUCCCCAACAUCUCCAUUCGCGCGUCCGAGCUGCAGCUUCCUUUCCAGGCUGCCAUGAAGGUGGAGAAGCUGGGUGACAUGAUUCUGCGAGCGACGGAGCCUCAGAUGGUGCUCUUCAACCUGUACGACGAGUGGCUUAAGAGUAUCUCUUCGUACACGGCCUUUUCCCGUCUCAUUCUCAUCCUGCGCGCGCUCCACGUCAACCCCGACAAGACCAAGCUCAUCCUCCGGCCUGACAAGACUGUCAUCACGCUGGACCAUCACAUUUGGCCAUCGCUGAGUGACGAGGAGUGGAUCAAGGUCGAGACGCAACUCCGCGACCUCAUCUUGAACGACUACGGCAAGAAGAACAACGUCAACGUGUCCAGUCUGACGAGCACGGAAGUUCGAGAUAUCAUUCUGGGCAUGGAGAUUUCUGCGCCAUCAAUGCAGAGGCAGCAAGCUGCCGAGAUUGAGAAGCAGCAGGAAGAGCAGAAGCAGUUGACGGCUGUCACGACGAAGACGCAAAACGUCCACGGUGAGGACAUCAUCGUCACGACAACGUCUCAGUUCGAACAGCAGACGUUUGCUUCCAAGACGGAGUGGCGAACACGAGCCAUUGCAACCUCGAACCUGCGAACGCGAGCCAAGAACAUCUAUGUGUCAUCGGUGGACAGUGAUCUGGACGAUGUCACUUACGUGAUGCCCAACAACAUCUUGAAAAAGUUCAUCACGAUUGCAGAUCUGCGAGUCCAGGUGGCGGGCUAUCUCUACGGCGCCUCGGCCCCUGACAAUGAUCAGGUCAAGGAAAUCAAGUGUAUCGUUAUGAUACCCCAAAUUGGUGGCUUGCGCAAUGUGCAGCUUCCGCAGAAACUGCCCCAGAGCGAGUUCCUGGAUGGCAUGGAGCCCCUGGGUGUCAUCCACACACAGGCGGGCAGCGAGCUUCCGUACAUGUCUGCGGCAGAUGUGACGGAGCACGCCAAGCUUCUGGAUGCACAUGAAGAGUGGGACAAGACGAACACGGUGACGGUGUCGGUGUCGUUCACGCCUGGCAGCGUCUCCCUGUCUGCUUGGGGACUGACUCCUCAAGGCUACAAGUGGGGUGUUGAGAACAAGGACCUGCAGAGCGACCAGCCCCAGGGUUUCACGACUACCAUGGGAGAGAAGCGCAAGCUCCUGCUGAGUCCCAGAUUCAGAGGCUUCUUCCUCGUGCCGGAUGACGGCAAAUGGAACUAUAGCUUCAUGGGCAGUGCGUUUGCAGGGAUGGAGAAGAAGUCUAUCCACGUCAAGCUGGACACGCCGCUGCCCUUCUAUAGCGACCAGCACCGACCGGUCCACUUCCAUAGCUUUGCCGAGCUGGAGGAUAUCUGGGUUGAUCGGCCUGACAACUUUGCCUAAUUGGCAGGCGUUGGCACUUGGAAGAGAAGAGUGAGCUACGGGAAUCUUUGGUCUCUUAUUUCAAAAGAACAUGGGGGUGCGGCGGAUAUCGAGAUGUGAAAGCCAAAAAAAGGGACGACUUUAUUCUUGAAGGGUCAUUCUCGUUGUAUUUGAUGUGUAGGACUAUGGAAAAGGGCGGAUCUUAAUAGCAGAUUGGCAAGUGAUUU